AUGCCCCCUCCAGGGAUCCCCCCACCCUUUCCUCCGAUGGGGCUACCCCCCAUGAGUCAGAGACCACCAGCCAUCCCCCCCAUGCCACCUGGCAUCCUGCCCCCUAUGCUUCCACCAAUGGGGGCGCCACCUCCACUCACACAGAUACCAGGAAUGGUACCUCCGAUGAUGCCAGGAAUGCUGAUGCCAGCAGUGCCUGUCACUGCAGCGACGGCUCCGGGUGCGGACACCGCCAGCUCUGCUGUGGCUGGGACAGGCCCUCCGAGGGCCCUAUGGAGUGAGCAUGUGGCCCCUGAUGGGCGCAUCUACUACUACAAUGCUGACGACAAGCAGUCCGUGUGGGAGAAGCCCAGCGUGCUCAAGUCCAAGGCGGAGCUGCUGCUGUCCCAGUGUCCCUGGAAAGAGUACAAGUCGGACACAGGCAAACCUUACUACUAUAACAACCAGAGUAAGGAAUCCCGCUGGACCCGACCCAAGGAUCUGGAUGACCUGGAGGCUCUAGUCAAACAAGAGGCUGCAGGGAAGCAGCAGCAGCAGCAGCAGCCACAGACACUACAGCCACAGCCUCCUCAGCCACAGCCCGACCCCCCACCUGUACCUCCUGGCCCCACCCCAGUGCCCACAGGCCUCUUGGAACCUGAGCCAGGUGGGAGUGAAGACUGUGAUGUGUCAGAGGCUCCUCAGCCCCUGGAGCAGAGGUUCCUGCAGCAGCUGGAGGAGGGCCCCAGCAGUUCUGGACAGCAUCAGCCACCACAGCAGGAGGAAGAGGAAUCAAAGCCAGAACCAGAAAGGUCUGGCCUCAGUUGGAGCAACCGGGAGAAGGCAAAACAGGCGUUCAAGGAGCUGCUGAGGGACAAGGCUGUCCCCUCCAAUGCCUCAUGGGAACAGGCCAUGAAGAUGGUGGUCACCGACCCCCGUUACAGUGCCUUGCCCAAACUGAGUGAGAAAAAGCAAGCAUUCAAUGCCUACAAGGCGCAGCGGGAGAAGGAGGAGAAGGAGGAGGCCCGGCUGAGGGCCAAGGAGGCCAAGCAGACCUUGCAGCACUUCCUGGAGCAGCAUGAACGCAUGACCUCCACCACCCGCUACCGGCGGGCAGAACAGACCUUUGGAGAGCUAGAGGUCUGGGCUGUGGUCCCUGAGAGGGAUCGAAAAGAGGUUUAUGAUGAUGUCCUCUUCUUCCUGGCCAAGAAGGAAAAGGAACAGGCCAAGCAGCUCCGGCGCCGCAACAUCCAGGCCCUGAAGAGCAUCCUGGAUGGGAUGAGUAGUGUCACCUUCCAAACCACAUGGUCCCAGGCUCAGCAGUACCUCAUGGAUAACCCCAGCUUUGCACAGGACCAUCAGCUGCAGAACAUGGACAAGGAAGAUGCCCUGAUCUGCUUUGAGGAGCACAUCCGAGCUUUGGAGAGGGAGGAGGAGGAGGAGCGGGAGCGGGCUCGGCUUCGGGAGCGGCGCCAGCAACGCAAGAACAGGGAGGCCUUCCAGACCUUCCUGGACGAGCUGCAUGAGACAGGGCAGCUGCACUCUAUGUCCACCUGGAUGGAGCUCUACCCAGCAGUCAGCACUGAUGUCCGCUUUGCCAACAUGCUGGGCCAGCCGGGCUCCACCCCUCUGGACUUGUUCAAGUUCUAUGUAGAGGAGUUGAAGGCACGAUUCCAUGAUGAGAAGAAGAUCAUUAAGGACAUCCUUAAGGACCGGGGCUUCUGCGUGGAGGUGAACACAGCCUUUGAGGACUUCGCCCACGUCAUAAGCUUUGACAAGAGGGCUGCUGCGCUGGACGCAGGCAACAUCAAGCUGACCUUCAAUAGUCUGCUGGAGAAAGCAGAGGCGCGGGAGAGGGAGCGGGAGAAGGAGGAGGCACGAAGGAUGCGGCGCAGGGAAGCUGCCUUUCGAAGCAUGCUGAGGCAGGCCGUGCCUGCUCUGGAGCUAGGCACUACCUGGGAAGAGGUCCGUGAGCGCUUUGUGUGCGACUCAGCCUUUGAGCAGAUCACCCUGGAGUCGGAACGGAUCCGGCUCUUCCGGGAAUUCCUCCAGGUGCUGGAGCAGACUGAAUGCCAGCACCUCCACACAAAAGGCCGAAAGCAUGGCAGGAAGGGCAAGAAGCACCAUCGCAAGCGUUCUCACUCGCCCUCAGGCUCUGAGUCGGAAGAGGAGGAGCUGCCCCCACCGUCUCUCCGGCCCCCCAAGCGGAGGAGGCGCAACCCCUCAGAGUCAGGCUCUGAGCCCUCUUCCUCACUUGAUUCGGUUGAAAGUGGGGGUGCUGCCCUUGGAGGACGGGGCUCCCCUUCCUCCCACCUUCUCCUUGGAUCAGAUCAUGGCCUUCGGAAAGCCAAGAAACCAAAAAAGAAAACUAAAAAGAGAAGACACAAGUCGAACAGCCCUGAGAGUGAGACAGACCCUGAGGAGAAAGCCAAGGACAGUGAUGACAAAGAACAGGAACAGGACAAGGACAGGGAGCUCCGGCAGACAGAGCUCCCUAACCGUUCCCCAGGCUUUGGCAUCAAGAAGGAGAAGACGGGCUGGGACACGUCGGAAAGCGAGCUCAGCGAGGGUGAGCUGGAGAGGCGGCGGCGCACACUCUUGCAGCAGCUGGAUGAUCACCAGUGACCGACAAACUGCUGCCUGCCUUGGGUCUGCGUGCGGCUGUGGCUCCUGGGCCACCCUCGCCGUCUGCCGCAGACUUCUUCCUUAGUCUGGUCUGUGUUCACUUUUCCUAAAGUAGCCCCACCCCCAGCACACCACUGUUGGCACCUCUCAAGGUUGCUCCUGGUGUUCAAGGGUUCCCUCCUCCCCGGACAGCUAGUGCAGUCCUCGCCCUCAGCCCCAGACCAGAGAUGGGUGGUGUACGCCAUGUGAGGUGGGUGAUGCCAGUAGAUAAAGUGUGAGAGAAGGGGUAUCCAGGGAAGAGUGAUGGGCUGGUGGACACAGCCUGGGUGGCAGAGGGCAGAGUCCUCACCCUCUAGCAUCAGUGCCUGCUCCUGCCUGCCCUGGCCGUGGCGCUCCACCACUGGUUCCUCCUGCCCAGAACCCAGUAUAUGUGUGUUUUGUUUUGUUUUUUAAAUAACGAUAUUUAUAACAUGG